ACAUCUCAUUGUCGGAGGUCUUGUAGCAAGGAAGACGAUGCCUGGGAAAACGAUACCCCCGAUCACGACAGAAAUCGUGGAAAAGCUGAAAGACCUGGAGGAAGAAUUCCAAGAUGGUGAUCUUACAGAAAAGGGAUACUGGAAAAAGAAAUGCAAGUUAUUUGAUGGCUAUCUGCCUGAGGAUGUCAGCAAAAUUAUUACAGGACUGGAAAAAGGACUGAAAGAGAACAUCAUUACAGAGAAGGGAUACUUCAAGAAUCUAAAGAAGGUGUUUGAUAAAGUGUACGACAGUGAAAAUGGGAUGAUGAUAGAGACGGGAGGAUCCAGUAAGAAGACGGGGAAUGGCCUGGUGGACUGUGAGAAUGGAGACCACAGGAACGGGGAUCAAAGUAAACAGCAGAACGGGGAUCAAAGUAAACAGGGGAGCGGGGAUCAAAGUAACCAGGGGAACGGGGACAAAGCUUCAGAGGAAGACUCAGAGACCAAGCCGGAGUACAAACCUGAUACUAAGCCUGGAACUAAUAGCAAGCCUGCAGAUGAGUCCAAAACAGAAACCAAAAAUGGAGACUCAUCAAAAGAAGAAGAUUCACAGGCUGAAGAUGACUGUGAGAGAAAUGAGGAAGAGAUGGAGGUUGAAGAGAGUAAAAGUACACCAGCCAAGUCAAAGAGAAACAAAAAGUCAAAGAAAACAUCAAACCAGCCAUCAAUAACUGCCAUGUUUUCCAGAACCCCCGGGAAGAGAAAGUCUAUGGCUGAUGAUGAGACUGUUGCUGUCCCUGACCAGGAGAAGGAGGUGAAGAAAGCAAAGUUAGAGGAUGGAGAAACCGUGGACCUGGAGGGAGAUGAAAAGAAUGUAGAAGAAAAGACCAGACCUAAAGCUCCCCCUGCCAAACCUAAAGCACCACCUGCCAAGUGUCGGGAAUGUAAACAGUUACUGGACGACCCGGAUCUGAGGAUGUUUCCAGGAGACCCCGAUACAGCAGUAGAAGAAUUUAUAGCCCUGACUGAUCCAAAGCUUUCUGUGUUUACUGGGGAAGAGGAAGAAAUUCACAGCUACGAUCAGAGACCUCAACAUAAAAUCACAAACUUCAGUGUAUAUGAUAAGAACACCCACCUUUGUCCAUUUGACACGGGGCUAAUAGAGAAGAACAUAUACCUUUACUUCAGUGGAGUUGUUAAACCCAUCUAUGAUGAAAACUCCAGUCCAGAGGGGGGCAUACCAGCUUGUAAGUUGGGUCCAAUCAAUGAAUGGUGGACAGCAGGAUUUGAUGGAGGGGAAAAUGCUCUCAUUGGAUUUAGUACAGGCUAUGCGGAGUACAUCUUGAUGUCCCCCAGUGAGGCCUAUCAACCGUAUAUGGACACGAUGAGGGAGAAGAUUCACAUGAGUAAAGUGGUCAUUGAAUUUCUUCAGAACAACCAAGAGGCUACAUACGAGGAUCUCCUCAACAAAAUACAGACCACAGUGCCCCCUACUGGACUGUCCAGUCUCACUGAAGACUCAUUAUUGAGACACGCCCAGUUUGUACUGGAUCAGGUGCAGAGUUAUGAUGAAGCAGCAGAGGAUGAUGAAGGAUUACUCAUCACGACACCCUGCAUGAGAGCCCUCAUCAAACUGGCCGGGGUCACCCUCGGAAAACGGCGUCAGAUGAGGAAAGAGUUGAGGAAGACCAAAGAGAAAGUGAAGAAGCCAGCCUUCACCAUGGCCACCACAACGAGGCUGGUGACCCAGAUAUUUGACAGCAUGUUCCAGGGGGAGAUUGAUGAUAAAAGUGGACAGAAAUCUAAAAGACGCAGGUGUGGCAUCUGUGAGAUCUGUCAACAGCCAGACUGUGGGAAAUGUGCUGCUUGUAAGGAUAUGGUCAAGUUUGGAGGAUCCGGGCGAGCUAAACAGGCUUGUAUCAACAGGAGAUGUCCAAACAUGGCGAUGAAGGAGGCUGAUGAAGACGAUAUUCUAGAUGACGAUGAUACAGAUGAUAAGUUAAAUGUGAAAGAAGACAAAGAGACAACACCAAUAAAGAAACACAAGACAGUCCUCAAUACAAAGACCAAACUUUCCUGGGUUGGUGAAGCAAUACAUGAGGAUGGGAAGAAUACCUAUUACUCUGCCGUGAUGAUCAAUGAUGAACAGGUAAGCCUGGGGGAUUUUAUUUCCAUCAAACCUGAGGAUUUAUCCAUACCUGUGUACAUUGCCAAGGUGAAUUACCUUUGGGAAAAUGCCAGCGGCAACAAGAUGUGUCAUGCUCAGUGGCUAUGUAGAGGAAGUGAUACAUUACUGGGUGAAACAGCUGAUCCAUUGGAACUCUUCUUUAUUGAUGACUGUGAAAGCAUAAAACUAGAAUCAGCUCUCAAGAAAGUGACUGUCCUACAUAAGGACACGCCCCCUGACUGGAACAUGAUGGGAGGAAUAGAGCACCCAGAGGAGGAGUUCCCCUGAAGACGAUGACACAACUUGACUAUAUAUGUUUUUCCUAGGUAUGACCCAGAUACACAUUUGAAGACUGCUCCAAACCUUUUUUUUUUUGAUAAGCCCGAGAACACAAAGCAUCAUAAGUUCUGUCUGAGCUGUGAGAGGCUGGAUCAACUCAGAAAGAAGGAGAAUCCAUCACUGGGAGAGGAGAUAAAACGUGAAGAUUCCUCGUCCACUAAGACGUUCUACAGUAGUGUGUCUCGGGAUGGAUUCCAGCUCAGAAUCGGCGACUGUUGUUACAUCGAGCCCAGCGCGUUUGGAUUUAAUGUCAAACAACCACCAGUCAAGAAGGUCAAAUCCGAAAGGAAAGAGGUAGAUGAAGAUCUCUACCCUGAGGCCUAUAGGAAGGGGGAGUACAUUAAAGGCUCCAAUGAGUCCCUCCCUGAGCCCUACAAGAUUGGGAGGAUACUGGAAAUCUUCUGUAAGAAAUCCCCAGGGUCAAAGAUUGUCAACCUCGGGGAAAUCAAGGUCAAGGUGGGAAAGUUCUACAGACCAGAGGACACCCACAAAGGACCCCGGGCAGGGUACCACACGGACCUCAACAUGCUCUACUGGUCAGAUGAAGAGGCUGUGGCGGACUUUAAGUUGGUGAAGGGGAAGUGUCAGGUCGUGUACAGCGAGAAUCUGAAGAGUCUAGAGGAGUACUUCUCGGACGGCCUCGACAGGUUCUACUUUACUGAGGCCUAUGAUUCAGAGUCCAAGAUGUUCGAAGAACCACCACGACAAGCCAGGGUUUCAGGAGGAAAGGGUAAAGGGAAAGGCAAGGGCAAGGGUAAAAGUUCUGCACCCACAGUAGAAGAGGAAUCAACAGAACCUAAGAAAGUGGACUACAAAAGACUUCGCACUCUGGAUGUGUUCGCUGGAUGUGGAGGUAUAUCAGAAGGGUUCCAUCAGGCAGGCGUCGCCGAAUCCUGCUGGGCAAUAGAGAAAGAGGAACCAGCUGCCCAGGCGUUCCGCCUCAAUAACCCGGGCUGUACGGUGUUCACGGAUGACUGCAAUGACCUGCUAAAGCUUGUUAUGGAGGGAGAGAAGAAGAAUAAUGUAGGUCAGAGGCUGCCCCAGAGAGGAGAUGUGGAGCUCCUGUGUGGGGGGCCCCCUUGUCAGGGGUUCAGCGGGAUGAACCGGUUCAACUCCCGCGAGUACUCCAGAUUUAAGAAUUCCCUGAUUGCCUCCUAUCUGAGUUACUGUGAUUAUUAUCGACCCCGAUUCUUUUUGCUGGAGAACGUGCGGAACUUUGUGUCGUUUAAGCGUAGCAUGGUUCUGAAGUUAGCCCUGCGGUGUUUGACCAGGAUGGGAUACCAGUGUACGUUUGGGGUCUUACAGGCAGGGUGUUAUGGCGUCCCACAAACUAGGAGAAGAGCUAUAAUCCUGGCUGCUGCCCCCGGGGAGAAGCUGCCGUUUUUUCCGGAGCCCCAGCACGUGUUUGCUCCUCGAGCCAUGCAGUUAUCUGUGGUGGUGGACGAUAAAAAGUUUAUGUCCAACAUCACGAGAACUGAGUCCGCUCCAUUCCGGACCAUCACAGUCCGAGACACGAUGUCCGAUCUCCCAGAAAUCAGGAACGGGGCCAAAGCUGAGGAAAUCUCGUAUCAAGGCGAUUAUCAGUCCCAUUUCCAAAGGAUUAUACGAGGUAAACAACACCAGCCGAUACUGCGGGACCACAUCUGUAAGGAGAUGAGUCCUCUGGUGGCUGCCAGGAUGCAGCACAUUCCCCUGGCCCCGGGGUCUGACUGGAGGGACCUACCCAAUAUAGAGGUCCGGCUGUCGGAUGGAACCAAAACAAAGAAAUUGCAGUACACCCACCAUGACAAGAAGAAUGGGCGGAGUUCUACUGGCUGUCUGAGGGGCGUGUGUUCCUGUGCUGAAGGGAAGCAGUGUGAGACGAUGGACCGUCAGUUCAAUACCUUAGUACCCUGGUGUCUCCCACACACAGGCAACAGACACAAUCAUUGGGCCGGGCUGUACGGAAGACUUCAGUAUGACGGAUUCUUCAGCACCACGGUCACCAAUCCAGAGCCAAUGGGAAAACAGGGUAGAGUGUUACACCCUGAGCAGCACCGAGUGGUGAGCGUGCGAGAGUGCGCUCGAUCUCAGGGAUUUCCAGACACCUACAGAUUCUUUGGCAGCAUAUUGGACAAACACAGACAGGUUGGAAAUGCGGUGCCACCACCCAUGGCUCGGUUUAUUGGACUGGAGGUCAGGAAAUGCCUAGAGUGGAAGAUGACACAGGAAGGAGAUACAGUGGAAGAGGUCAAAGGUCAAAUGGAGACUGAGGUCAAGGUCACUAAGGGAUCGCCAUGUAAACCUGGGUCUUCUGCAGAUUAAAGAGAGACCUUGAGUUGAACAAGCAAAGUUAGGAGACAUGGAUCUAAUCAUCUAAACCUUUAGGAAUAUAUAUGAUAUUGGAUGAAUGAACUGUGACUAUAUAAAAUGCUGUGAAUAAGUUGGAAUUCGUAUUUUGAAUAUUGGAUUUAUCGUAAGCAUGGUUAUACCAAUGGAUAAUGAUAAAAUACAGAGGACGGUCAAGUGAGAAUUAACUCUGUAUAAAGAGCUGUGAUAUUGAAAGUAUUUCCAUACAAAAUAUAUUUUUAGAAUAAGUUAUUAUUGUUUAGGCUAUGAAAUGCCUUUCUUCCUCAAAUUUACAUCUUAAUUAGUGCUUACUUCACAUCAUGUUUAUAAUUGUUCUUGCUUUACAAUGCAUUACAUUAUGUUUACAGUGUUACCUUUGUAAAUAAA